UUUGUUUUAAAUCUUCACCAUAGUUGUACCAAAAUACACAUCUGUUCAAAUAUAAAGUUUUUAUCGUGUGCGGUCAGUGCUGUACAACUUAUUAGAUACUAUGGCUAAUAUUCUCCCUCCAGCUGAUCCACGAGUUGAAAACUGGCCACUAAUGAAAGAUCCAACACCUGUGUUUAUUACUGUUCUACUGUAUCUAACUUUUGUUCUCUGGUUGGGUCCAAAAAUUAUGAAAAAGCACCAAACACCGUUUAACCUACGGCCACUUAUGAUCGUUUACAACAUUUCUCUAGUUCUGCUUUCGAGUUGGCUAGUGUACGAAUUUGCUGUUUCAGGAUGGUUUACAGGAUAUUCGCUUGGUUGUCAAUCUAUUGAUCAUUCAAGAAGACCGAUUGCUAUGCGUAUGGCUAGUACUUGCUGGGUUUUUUUCAUUUCCAAAAUAAUUGAAUUAUUUGACACCGUAUUGUUUAUCCUCCGAAAGAAAUUUGAGUUAGUUAGCUUUCUUCAUGUUUUUCAUCAUGCAAUCAUGCCUAUUUCCUGGUGGUACGGUGUGAAGUAUGUCCCAGGUGGUUUAGGAACUUUUCAUGCAUUUUUAAAUUGUAUCGUCCACGCCUUUAUGUAUACUUACUAUGGUUUGGCUGCAGCUGGACCUCGUUUUCAAAAGUAUAUAUGGUGGAAAAAAUACUUAACUGCAGCUCAAAUAACCCAAUUCAUCAUUGUUAUUUUUCACUCAACAUAUGCAUUGAGUAUAACCGAUUGUAAUUACCCAAAAUUUUUCAGUUACUGGAUUUUGGCAUCAGCAUUGAUUUUUCUUUUUUUAUUUUCAAAAUUUUAUUACAAAGCCUACGAGAAACCAGUUCAUGCAUUAAAUGGAUCAAUAGUUGAUAAUAAAUACCAUAAUAAAGCUCAUUAAAUUAUCUUGUUAGAGUUUGUUUUUUUCUUAAAUCUAAUAGAAAUCAGUAGUAAUGAUGACAGUCAUUAUAGUUGCAUAGGUCGGAAUCUAUUGAAUACAUAUAUGUAUAUCCACAAGGGUCUCUCUUUUUUUCUUACAUCAGUCCAUUCUUUAUGGUUGUUCGUCGUGAUAAACAUAAUAAUUCUUUAUGAUAUUUUCUCAAUGAUAUUACGUUAGUAUCUUUUACGGUUUUCUGUUUUGAUGUAGAAUUUCAUUUUGUAAAAGAUACAUCAUUCAAUUUUAUAAUUUGAUAUAAGCACACACAUACACAGACCUGCACAUUCAUACAAAUGAUUAUACAUGUAUCUAUGUACAUUUUUGUUACAAAUACAUUGUUCUUAUUGUAUAUUAAUAAUGUUCUCUUUUUAUGGUUAAAUAUUAUCAGUUUAAUAUCAGAUGGGUUUUGUGGAGAUUGUAGUAAUUUCAAUGGUUAAGAUCAUGAGUCAGUUGAAGCUAGACCACCAUGGAAAACCUGGAAGCAUUGGACGGCCGUUUUUAUUCCUAUUGUGAGACUCCUCAGCAGUGCGCAUCCAUGAUCUCGCCCCCUGCGACACUCGAACCCAGGACCUGAGUGUUUUGGUGUUUAAGUGCUCGCGCGCAAAAUCAGCAGGUCCUGGGUUCGAAUCUCGCAGAGGGCGAGGUCAUGGAUGUGCACUACUGAGGAGUCCUACAAUAGGAAUAAAAACGGCCGUUCAGUGCUUCCAGGUUUUCCAUGGUGGUCUAGCUUCAACUGACCCAUGAUCUUGACCAUUUGAAAUUAUCAUCAGCUUAAUUGAUAAUUUAUUUUAUUGUAUCAAAUAAACAUUUAUAACAGAUGAAAUAAUAGCGUUACGUAAUAAUUGUCUUAUUGUAAUCAUUGCCAUGUAUAAUGUGUUUGUUUUGUUUUCAUUAUUUCUUUGAUAGAUGUGAUAAGAUUGAACAUUGAUAAACAUUUAAUGAUAUUAUCUAUUAAAUCUGAAGUUUGAAUUCUAUUCUAUUUGAACUCCAAUUUAGAUAAUGAAGUUUUAUCUUACUGUAUCUUACAUGUACACUUACAAGUGGUUCGAUUUGAUA